ACUUGAUCUGACCUGCCUCUCCCCCAAGGGCUUGGGAUGUGUGCAGAGCUCCGCAGGUCUGCAGCUUGACGAGGAAUCAGGAGCCUGAGUCCUUGUGGACAGUCAGGGGCACACCGGGAUAGCCCUGCCCAGAAGAGGAAAUCAGGCACUGCUGUCCCCAGGAAAAGCAACAGUGGUGUUUUGGUCACUCCCUGCUGCAGUCAGGACCUGCUCAGCUGGGUCCAAAAAACAGCGACUGUCUGUGCCCCCUGUGGUGCAGGGUGCUAGGAACAGCGACAGGAGCCGGGACAGGCCUCGGGCUGGGGGAACUGCAUGCACCUGCCCGCUCUGCCAGGGCACUUACUCCCUGUGUCCCCCACAGUCCCUACACCUACCCUACCUUCCAUGACAAGAGGAUCCAGAGGAUACUGUGCACCUUCUCCGAGAGAGUCAUGUGGCUGGAACUCCUCCUGGCCUCAGUGCUGGGCCUUGUCAUCUACCGGUUUGUCUCCCGGGACAAGGAGGAAACCUUACCACUUGAAGAUGGCUGGUGGGGCCCAGGGUCGAAGUCCUCAACCAGAGAAGAUGAGAGCAUCCGACCUUUCAAGGUGGAAACAUCAGAUAAGGAGAUCGAGGACUUACACCACAGGAUCGAUAGUUUCCGGGCAUCUCCACCUUUGGAGGGCAGUCGCUUCCACUAUGGCUUCAACGCCAGCUACCUGAAGAAAGUGGUGUCCUACUGGAGGAAUGAGUUUGACUGGAGGAAGCAGGUGGAGAUCCUCAACCAGUACCCUCACUUCAAGACCAAGAUUGAAGGGCUGGACAUCCACUUCAUCCACGUGAAGCCUCCCCAGCUGCCCUCAGGCCUCACCCCAAAGCCCUUGCUGAUGGUGCACGGCUGGCCUGGCUCCUUCUAUGAGUUCUACAAGAUCAUCCCGCUGCUGACCGACCCCAAGGCCCACGGCCUGAGUGACGAGCACGUGUUUGAAGUCAUCUGCCCCUCCAUUCCUGGCUAUGGCUUCUCAGAGGCAUCUAGCAAGAAAGGCUUUGAUACUGUGGCCACCGCCAGGAUCUUCUACAAGCUGAUGUCACGGCUGGGCUUCCAGAAAUUCUACAUUCAAGGCGGGGACUGGGGGUCCCUCAUCUGCACCAACAUGGCCCAGAUGGUUCCCAACCACGUGAAAGGCCUACACCUGAAUAUAGCUUUCAUGACAAAAAAUAUCUACACCCUGACCCCACUCCUGGGCCAGAGCUUCGGGAGAUUUCUUGGCUACACUGAGAGGGAUAUCGAGCUCCUAUACCCCUUCAAGGAAAAGGUUUUCAACAGCAUCGUGAGGGAGAGUGGCUACCUACACAUCCAGGCCACCAAGCCAGACACCGUGGGCUGUGCUCUGAACGACUCGCCCGUGGGCCUGGCUGCCUACAUCUUAGAAAAGUUCUCCACCUGGACCAACCCAGAAUACCGUGAACUGGAAGACGGAGGCCUGGAGAGGAAGUUCUCCCUGGAAGAUCUGCUGACCAACAUCAUGAUCUACUGGACAACAGGAACCAUUGUCUCCUCCCAGCGCUUCUACAAGGAGAACCUGGGUCAGGGCAUCAUGGUCCAUAGGCAUGAAGGGAUGAAGGUCUUGGUGCCCACUGGCUAUGCUGCCUUCCCUUGUGAGCUACUGCAUGCUCCAGAAAAGUGGGUGAAGGUCAAGUACCCCAAGCUCAUCUCCUACUCCUACAUGGAGCGUGGGGGCCACUUUGCUGCCUUUGAAGAGCCCAAGCUUCUGGCCCAGGACAUCCGCAAGUUCGUGUCCCUGGCUGAGCUGCAGUGAUGCCCUCGGGGAUCAACCACAGCCUCAGCAGCCGCCCUGGUACCUCCCCUGGCUCCCUUAAGAAAGACGUCCCCUUUCGAAAGAAAGAGCUUAAGAUUUUGUGCCCUGAAGGCUCUGGGAGCCUGGGUGCGCUCCUCCACAUCUCACCACCCCAUGUUAGGUCACAGACCUUAAAACAUGUGGCCACUUUAAGAGUCAGGUGCCCCCAAGUGCCCCAGCUCUGGGAAGAUAUAGCCACGCCUCCCCCAGAGGAGGGUAUAGUGAUAUUUUGUUUGUGCUUUAAUAAAUAAAGUUUGUCUGAAGAUCAGAGUGCAAAGCAGCCAUACUAAUCAGCCAUACAGGCCAGGCAGUGGAGGCACAUGUCUUUAAUCCCAGCAGCCACACUAGUCAGCCAUAGAGGCCAGGAAGUGGUGGUGCACGCCUUUAAUCCCAGUGGAAUAUAAGACAGGAGGAGACAGGAGCUCUGGGUCUCAGUCUGCAUUUAGGCUGAGGACAGGAUCGCCCAGCCUUGGUGGAGGUAAGAACUCUUAGUGGUUGGCUGCUUUGCUUUUCUGAUCUUCAA